AUGAACAACAACCUGAAUGCGCAGGCGCUGCCUUUCAGGCCCGGCGGGCAGGAUGACCGUCGUCGCGAACAGAACUACACUGGUUUCGAAAACCAGCUGCCAGCACCGCCGCCAUUUCCACCAGGACCAGCCAGCGCGCCAUGGAACGCAAACUAUCCGCCACCGCCGCCGCAGUUCUACAACAGCAUCAACCAUAACCAGCAAACAAAUCAGCAAUCAUACAACGACUAUGCUGCGCAAGCACAGGCACAGGCACAGGCACAGCAAGCCUACUACCAUCAGUUCAUGCCGCAGUAUCCAGGAGGCUUUCAGUACGGUCAACAGCCAUACAGGCCUCAACAACCCUACUACGGUGCAUUUGGGCAGCAAAACCAGCGCGCGUAUUCGAACCAGGCAUACCACCACUCCACCAUGCAGGCGCAGGCGCAUCACCCUUAUGGUGCGACGAAUGAGGACCUACAGACCUCUACUCCCCCACUCAGGAAUACUAGGUCUGGGGCCGCUUUCGACGGUCAAGUCAAGCAGAAAGAUACUCCAAAACUGCCCAAGGGCCCGACAGCAUCAUCGAAGAAAGGCCGGUAUGGUGAUGAGAAGAUUAUGCUCCCCGCCCCGCAGCCUACGCCAGAGUAUCUGAGCCAAGCCGCCGAGGAGCCAUCCGUUAUCGAUCCACCAGGCCGUGUAUUAGUCAUCCUUGACCUCAAUGGUACGGUCCUUUAUCGACCCAACAGGAAUGCAAAGACAAUGAUCGAGCGCCCGUUCCUCAAACCGUUCCUGCGCUACUUAUUCCAGAACUUCUCGGUCAUGGUCUGGUCCAGCGCCAAACCCGACAACGUCAAGUCGCUCGUAACGCAGUCGCUGGACAAGGAUCUCCAAUCGAAGCUCGUAGCUCGGUGGGCUCGCGACUCCUUCGGGUUGUCGCCGACCAACUAUACCCAGAACGUCCAAGUAUACAAGAACCUCAGAUUGAUUUGGAGUAGGGACGUGAUCCAGCAACAUCAUCCAGAGUAUGCGGCUGGCAAGCGCUUCGGUCAACACAACACUGUUCUUAUCGACGACUCUGCUAUCAAGGCCAGUGCUCAGCCACAUAAUCUUCUCGAGAUUCCAGAAUUCGCAGCUACACCGGAGCAAAUGGAGGGCGACGUCUUGCGCGAGGUCGCUGGCUACUUGGAGUUGCUACGACAUCAAGCAGACGUCUCUCAGUUCAUCAGCAAGGAACCGUUCAAGGAUGAUGGCCGUUGGAGUUUCCAGUGGCCUGACGAAGCAUCUGGCGGCGGUGAGAUGAAGAGCAAGGCCUCGGCGAAGGGGAAGAAGCAGAAAGCGAAAGCUGCUGGUGGAGCUGAGAGCAAGUUUUCGCUCAAGAUGUACAACGAAGCCAAGGAUGCUGACACAAACGGCGCGAAUGUAGACACAUCCGCCGAGCGUUUGUCUGAGACGAUCGACUCCCUCUCAUCUGUUUCGUUGGUAGCUUCUGCUCAGAAGGAUUGGUAG